AUGGGACCUGCGCCGCCCCGUGGCGACCCAGCGGUGGAACAUAUCUUGGUCAUUGGAGGCGGCGUAACCGGCUUGACGACGGCAUGGCUGCUCCUAGACGCAGGCUACAAUGUCACAGUAGUCUCAGAGCGAUGGGCGAAUCCCAGCAACCGGAUCACAUCUCAAAUCGCCGGGGCUCUGUGGGAGUGGCCGCCCGCUGUCUGCGGCAGACAUACCGACAUUAUCUCCUUGGAGCAUUCGAAGGGCUGGGCGAUGACGUCCUACCGUAUCUUCGAAAGGCUGAUGGAGAUACUGCCCACGGAGGCCCACGGAGUCCGCAUGCGCCUCGCGAACUUCUUCUUCGAUCGCCCCCUGGAGAGCCUACCUGAUCAAUACCAGAAGAUGGAGGAGAUUGAGCAUUGUGGCGUUGCUGGCUUCAAACGCGACCCUAACCUCGUGAAGCGACACGCUGUGAACCAGAAGGCCGGAGUAGUCGACUCAUACCGCCACCUCGCACCUGUCGUCGACACCGACCAGUACAUGAUAUGGCUGCGCGACCUUGUCACUCAGAAAGGCGCCACACUUGUCACGGAACGGAUCUCUGGCGACCUCCUGAGCCAAGAGGACGAGCUUCUCGCGAGCUACGGAGCGCACGCCAUCGUCAAUGCCACCGGCCUCAGUGCGACAGAGCUCGCGAGGGACGAGACUGUCUAUCCUCUACGCGGUGCGCUCAUCCGUGUGGUGAAUGACGGGAAGAGGUUCCCGAAGGUCACGGAGGCACUGGCUGUGGGCAUCGACGACGCGCAUAGAGAUGAACAGGAACUCGUAUUCAUCGUUCCUCGCAAUGACAAUGUCCUGAUCCUCGGAGGAAUCGCGCAACCACGUCAGUGGAACCUAGAUCUGACGCUGGACAGCCCGGAGAUCGUACGUAUGCGGGAACGAUGCAACUACUUCGUCCCUGGACUGGAGAACGCUGAAUACGAUCCCGACGCGCCAUUGGUGCAAGGAAAUCGACCGACUCGGUCCGAGAACGUCCGCGUCGAGAGGGAGAUGCGGCUCAAGAAAGAUGGCUCUGCGAGCAGAAUCAUACAUUCGUACGGACAGGGUGGCUCGGGAUUCUCGCUGUCCUUUGGAUGCGCGGGAGAAGUGCUCGGCCUGCUCAAGGACCUAUCGCUGGGCCUCUUACCUACGAAGAUGUCUCACAAGCCAUCUGUGGUACCCGACGCUGUGCGGGCACACCUGUGA